UUUGCAUAUAAGGGCAUGAAUGAAGCUGAAGGACUCGUUCCUUGCUUCUCACAGUCAACAGGAGAAGAGCUCAGGUUGGCUUGGAAGCAGAAAGAGAUUCCCUGUCCGCCAUCCGAUCCAGGCUCCAAAAUGAUCCAAGCUCUCUUGGGAACUAUAUGCUUAGCGGUUUUUCCAUAUCAAGGGAGCUCUAUAAUCCUGGAAUCCGGGAAUGUUAAUGAUUAUGAAGUAGUGUAUCCACAAAAAGUGCCUGCAUUGCCCAAAGGAGUUCAGAAUCAUGAGCAAGAGACCAAAUAUGAAGACACAAUGCAAUAUGAAUUUCAAGUGAAUGGAGAGCCAGUGGUCCUUCAUCUAGAAAGAAAUAAAGGACUUUUUGCAGAAGAUUACAUUGAAACUCAUUAUUCCCCUGAUGGCAGAGAAAUUACAACAAACCCUCCGGUUCAGGAUCACUGCUAUUAUCAUGGUUACAUUCAGAAUGAUGCUGACUCAACUGCAGUCAUCAGUGCAUGCGAUGGCUUGAAAGGACAGUUCAAGUAUCAAAGGGAGACAUAUCUUAUUGAACCCAUGAAGCUUUCCGACAGUGAAGCCCAUGCAGUCUACAAAGCUGAAAAUGUAGAAAAGGAGGAGGAGACCCCCAAAAUCUGUGGAGUAACCCAGACUUCGGAAUCAGAUGAUCCCAUUAAAAAGGCCUCUCAGUUAGUUGUUAAUGAAGAACAAGCCAGAUACUUGAUGGCCCCAAAAUACAUUGAACUUUACAUGGUUGUGGACAAUGUAAUGUACAGGAAAUACACCCGCAAUUUACCUGCUAUAAGAACAAGAGUAUAUGAAAUUGUCAACAUUUUAAAUAGGAUUUACAGAGUUUUGAAUAUUCAUAUAGCACUGAUUGGCCUAGAAAUUUGGUCCAACAAAGAUAAAAUUAACGUGCAGUCAGUGGUGAAUGUCACUUUGGACUUAUUUGGAGAAUGGAGAGAAACAGAUUUGCUGCCACGCCAAAGGAAUGAUAAUGCUCAGUUACUCACGGGUAUUAACUUUGAUGGAAACACUGUAGGAUUUGGUUAUGUGGGCAGCCUCUGCCAGCCAAAGCAUUCUGCAGCAAUUGUUCAGGAUCAUAGCAGCAGUCUUGUUGCAUCUGCAAUGGCCCAUGAGUUGGGUCAUAAUCUGGGCAUUCAUCAUGACACAGAUUCCUGUAAUUGCCCUGCUAAGGCAUGCAUUAUGUCUGCAACACUAAGUUUUGAACCUUCCUACCAGUUCACCACUUGUAGUUAUAAUGAACAUCAGCAAUAUCUUAUUGAUAACAGCCCACAAUGCAUUCUCAACAAACCCUUGAGCACAGAUAUUGUUGCACCUGCAGUUUGUGGAAAUUAUUUUGUGGAGGUGGGAGAAGAAUGUGACUGUGGCUCUCCUCGGAAUUGUCAAAGUGCCUGCUGCAACGCUACAACUUGCAAACUACGAAGUGGGUCACAGUGUGAAUCUGGAGACUGUUGUGAACAAUGCAGAUUUAAGAGUGCAGGAGCAGAAUGCCGGGGAGCAAGGGAUGACUGUGACCUGGCUGAACACUGCACUGGCCAAUCUGCCGAGUGUCCCACGGAUCUCUUCCUUAGAAAUGGACAACCAUGCCAAAACAACCAAGGUUACUGCUACAAUGGGAGAUGCCCCACCUUGACAAAGCAAUGUGUUGCUGUCUUUGGAAAAAAUACAAUUGUGGGUCCAGAUUCGUGUUUUGAUGAAAACCUAAAAGGGAAUUUUUAUGGCUACUGCAAAAGAAAUGGUGUAAACAUUCGAUGUCAACAACAGGAUGUAAAGUGUGGCAGGCUAUACUGCACACAGGAAAACUUGGGGGGAUGCAUUGUGAUGUAUUACCCAGAUACCCCAGAGGAUGGAAUGGUUGAAACUGGAACAAAAUGUGAAGAUGGAAAGGUCUGCAGCAAUGGAGAGUGUGUGGAUAUGCAAACAGCCUACUGAUCAACCCACUGGCUUCUCUCAAGUUUGAUUUUGGAGAUCCUCCUUCCGGAAGGCUUCCCUCAAGUCCAAAGAGACCCAUCUGUCUUUAUCCUACUAGUAAAUCACUCUUAGCUUCCAGAUGGCAUUUAAAAUUUGCAAUAUUUCUUCUCCAUAUUUAAUCUGAUUAUCUUUUGCUAUAAUCAAACCUUUUACCUGUCACAAAGCUCCAUGGUCAUGUACAACACCAAAGGCUUAUUUGCUGAGAAGAAGAAAAAUGGCAAUUUUACCGUUUGCCAAUUGCAAUGCAUAUUUAAUGCAACAAGUUCUGACUUUUGAGCUGGCAUAAUCAAAGGCAAUGGUUCCUCUCCCAAAAUUUUACACUGGCUUUCCAAGAUGUAGCUGCUUACAUCAAUAAACUAUUCUCAUUCUG